UCUGGGAUUCCUCAGCACUGCUCUGCGUAUUUCAAAAUCUAUUCGACAGCCAUCGCUACGCGGAAGCAGCACAAAUCCCAAUCCGGUCAGAGGGAUAACGCCUGAUUUGAGGUUCAGCACGGAUCUCGGCGACUUCAUUCCUGACCAGGUAUCAGACUGAGCUGCUGGGUCCGGGAGAAGAGAACGCUUACUCAGCAGUGCAGAUGUCCGAUCUCCAGCACAGCAUGGAAUCAAGCAGGAGGCACCAUCACUUCAGCCCGACAGCAGUCCACAUACUAGCCUUCAUUCUCAAUGUCUUGCUGGGAGUCGCUGCGGAACAGGAGACUGAGAAUCUUUCGGGACUUUCAACCGAUCCCUAUAAGGAUAUUUUUGUGGUUCGGGAAAACGGAACAACGUGUCUGAUGGCGGAGUUUGCAGCAAAAUUUAGUGUCGCCUACGAUGCACGGGCCAGUAACUAUGUAGAUCUCAUUACAGAACAAGCGGAUGUUUCAAUUCCACGCGGAGCAGAUGUUAAAGGAAAAUGUGGGCACAACGAAUCGGAAUUGGAAAUUUCCUGGCUGGAUAACGCGUACAGCUUUAAACUCUUCUUCGUGAAGGAGAUCCGCAACAUAACAAGACAGGACCAUUACUGGAAAAUCAACAAGGUUCAGUUGGUUUACGACUUAUCCGAUUCCACCCGCUUCAAGGAUGCGGCCAACAGCGGGAAGCACACAGCCACAUCUCAUCGGAUUUCUCUCUUCGUGACCCCGGUUGGCAAAUCGUACAAGUGCGAGGCUCAGGAAACCAUCUCCCUCAUCUCCAGUGACCACCAGAAAGUGGUCGCCAUUCUUUUAUCCCAGAUCCACAUUCAGCCGUUCGGCAUCAAGCGCGACUUCACGUUCAGCGAAGCUUCGAAAUGUGUGGUAGACCAGCAGGAGCAGUUAGAGGAGACUCUGCCCCUUAUUCUGGGACUGACCCUGGGACUCCUCAUUGUCGUGAUCUUGUCAGUCUAUCACAUCCACCAUAAACUCACGGCCACCAGCCAAGUGCAGAUCCCCAGGGACAGAUCCGAGUACAAACACAUGUAGAGAGCUCAGACGCAGCUGGACGGCAACCUCCCAGCGAAGAAAGCACAGCAAAACUGCUGCACCGUUCUGCUAACUGUCACAAGGCAUAACCACAGAUAGCAUUUUACCUGACAAACCUCUGUAAGGAUACAGAGCGUGUAAAUAUGAACGCCCCGAUGUAUUGCUGUAUAUAGUUACGCGUGCUUCGUUUAUUUUAGCUAGUAAUGGUAUCGUGACUGCUGCAAACGCAGGAUCCUCACCAAUACCAUCACAAUGAAUAAAACUAUCCUUUAAAAUUAUUGCAAGAUUACGAAUUCGAUGUUAGUGUUAACCAUAACUUAUAUAGUGUAUUGGAAACUUACAUAGCUGCAAUUAUUUCGAACUAUUAAUCAGAAGGUUCAAUUUAAUUUCGUUCCUUCAAACGCUAUUUGCCGAAAUACUUAUCAGUCGAAUUUGUACGUUAUUCUCAUCGCUGUUCCCGGUUCAGUCUUAAUAGCAAAAUGCAAAAUUGUUCAGCUCAUCUUCCUGAAUGCAAGUAUGCUCAUGAAAUAAAUCGAAAUCAUU